GAAAUAUUACUUUGCGUAGGUCGGUGGGCGUGUUUGCUCGGCCCACAGUUUCUACUCAUUUUCCUGGGGAUUUCCGCUUGUGACAAAGGCAUUUAAAAAAAAUAGGGGGCGUGGCACUACUCUCUGAAAUUAUUUUAGAUCAAUAAAGCGUUUUUAUUCCUAUGUUUUUUAGAACGGUUCAAAUUAAUUACUCAUUAUUCGAAAUUAAACUUAAUUUUUAAUUAGCAGAUAACAUUUAAAAUGUAAAAAAAUGGCACAGAGAUAUUAAAACUGGGAAAAUCACAAUAAUAACUCCUUUUAAGCCAUGAAUCAUUGCCACUAUCAAAAAUACAAUCUUAGUUUAAAUGUGGAAAUCGAACAUGGAAGUGUGCAUAUAAACAAAGAGUUGUUUUUACUUCGAAACUUGUAUCUAUUAACUUUCUAAAUUAGAUUAAGUAUCUAACCAGUUAAGCAAUAUAUAUUUUAAGUAAUUUCCCAUCUUUAGCAAGUAAUAAGUAUUUAUUUUAUCUAAUUAAGAUCUAUAAUAAAAACAUGUUUACUUUUUUGUAAUAGAAAAGUAGAAUAAAAUGUACCUGGGUGUCAACUAUUAAUCAACAUAUUUAUUCAAUCCAUAGAAGUUUAAUGUGUCUAAGACAAAUGUUUACUACACUUUAUUUGCAACCAUCGGAUAGCCAUUUAUUAAAGUUAGUCUUUGUUUUAGAUUGUAACUAAAUCAAGAAAUUGUUAAGAAUAAUCCAUACCAAUAGAAGUAAUAAUGGGUGAGCUGGUGGAUAAUCUAGAAAGGAUUGCUGUAGAGCUUGUGGCAAACUUGGUUAAAGGCAAUGCCACCUUAAGGAUUCCCCGUAACUCAUCUUCAAAAACCCCCACGGAUUAUAGGAGAGUCUCUUAUAAUAACCGUAGAAGUCGGCAUAGUUUCUGCCUGCUGGUUUACAUGCUUUCCCGUGCUCACCGAUUGCAAGUUCAUGGAGGAAGCUUUACAGUGCGUGGACUGUAUUAUGGAGAUCCCUUGCUGAUCCGGUCGCAGUCCAGGAUUGGCCAAGCCAGACUUGAUGUGUGUCGAAUGCUGAACGCAUCCCCAUUGGCUUUGGGCGUACUGGCAGCCUCCAAGGGCCUCAUUGCAGGCGACGUACGUCUGCUGAUGACCAACGGAGAUGUUCUGGACAGCAGUUUGUACAGUGGAGCCAUGACCCUGCCCGCGGACCCAGAGAAGGUGGAUCGCAUUGAAACGCUGGCAGAUUUUGUUCUAGUCGUUGAAAAGGAGUCGGUGUUUGAGAGCCUGCUGUCCAGGAAUGUUUUUUGCAACCUAGAACAACGCUUCAUCCUGGUAACUGGCAAGGGAUAUCCGGACUGCUGCACCCGGAGGAUUGUCCAUCGCCUCAGUGAAGAGAAUCUGCUGCCGGCUUACAUUCUCGUCGACGCCGAUCCCUUCGGCAUUGAGAUAAUGCUUGUCUAUCGCCAAGGCUCGCAGGCAAUGAGUUUUUCCAGUCAAGGACUAACCACACCUUCGCUGCGUUGGAUUGGGCUACACCCCUCCGAGAUUCCCGCCCUAGGCACUGGAGCGGUUGCCCUGGGCACCGGCGACAACAAGAAAAUCAAUGACCUCCUUGCCCGCAACGAUUUGGAGCCGGGAGUGCGCCAGGAACUGCGCAUGCUGCAGGACGUUCAGCUAAAGGCCGAAAUCGAGAGUGUCAUCGACUUCCUGACCGACGACUAUAUACCGAACAAAAUCAAUCGGAAUUUGUUUUUGUAGAGCUCGGCUCGGUUUAACCCAAAGGGUCAAGUGAUAAAUAUAAACUUUCAUUCAUUAUUAAGUUUAAAGGCAACUAUGCGUUUAUGAAAAGACUAAGAACAUGUUAAUAUACCUAUUUAUAACCGUAUAAGUCCACGUAAUCGGUUAAUCAUAUAAGUAUAUUUGAGUUAAUUAAAAUGUAAUAGAUAUUAUGCAAAAUAAUGAAUUACUUAUUCCAAGCUAAAUUAAAUAAUCAUUUUUUAUGUUCAGAUAAUAUUCUGCCCUCAAAAUUGUAUUGUUAGUCAGUAAUUUCAUCAAAUUUAGCUAAUUCUCUUGUGCAGAUCAGUAUUUCUUAAAACGAAAUAGUGUUUGAAUUAAUCUAUAUCUGCUUGGCAUUAAGAAUACCUAAGUAAGAUCCAAAUUUCAACAAUCUUAAAGUAAAUAUUUAAAUAAUUGGUGGAUAAUGGCAAUUGUUACCCCGGUAAAGUCUGAGUAAUCUGCUUCUAGUGGUUGGUUUUGAGUGGACCACUUGAUUUUGUGUGUCACUUUGUGUGGACAAAGCUAGUAAAACUCAGCAGACAAAGAGAUUAUUUAUUGUGCCUUUAAAAGUAUUAUGGCUUGAGGUCGAUAAUCGGAGUCGGGUAAAUGACAAGGUUUUUGAUAAUGCCAAUGCAAUGACCAGCCGUAUAAUAAGAAAAAAACCCAGUUUGUUCAAUUCUAUACUAAUUG